UCAGGAGGGACGGCGGGCGGGUGCACCUGGGCUCUGGGUUGGGAUACGAACCAAAAUAUCAGGUUUUGUUGUAUUUGAACGAACUCUGCCGGACGGUGAAGAACCCUCGAUACCAAAAAUGUUGUCCAGGAUGCAAACUCUGGGGAAUUUGUUCGCUCUUCUCUCGCUCCUCUGCUGUGUUCAUGCAGAUGUGGUGGAACGCUUCGAGGAUGUGCCAGAAUGCGUGAAGUACUUCUAUAAAGAGAAGGUGCCAGAGUGGGGGGCUUCUGCACCCGGUGCUGCACGUCUCUGUCAUCGCUUCAGCAACAGGUACCACUUCGCCACCCUGUAUGACACUAACCACCGUAUCGCCGUCUACGCUGCCUAUAAAUUCCAGCCGAGCAACGGGGGGGGCAGGGAGAAAAGGUGGUUUGUAGAGCCUCAGUAUUUGAGCCGGAGUGACAGUCAGUUUAAAGCUGAAGGUGUCGCUGCCUUACAGCUGGUGGACAUGUCCUGGCAAGCCGAGAUGAAGGAAGGCUACUGGCUGGGGAAGGACCACCCGGGGGUCUACCAAGGGGAGAGACAGGCCCUGAACGAGGACUACACGCACUCUGGCUUCGACCGUGGUCACCUCAACCCCAACGGACACCACGCGGUCCCUAGCCGCAACGCCACGUUCACCCUGACCAACGUGGUUCCUCAGAACCCCAAGCUGAACCAGGACGCCUGGAGGAUCCACGAGUCCCGGCUCGCCGACCUCUUCCGGGACACGUGCUCCGAGGCCUUCGUGCUGGUCGGCGCUGUCCCCUCGGCGGGCGACUGGAUCGUUAAAAACAACGUGAGACGGGUGAACAUCCUGGAGUACCUGUGGAACGCCUACUGCUGCGUGGACAACAAUGGCGUACCCGUUCAGAGCGGCGGCGCCACGGCGAGGAACACCGGGGCCAACCGGGUGGAGCAGCUCUCACUGGACGAACUGGGAGAGUUCCUCCAGCAGUUCUCCAACUCGCCAGUGGGGGCGCUGUUUUACAACAACUGCAGGGCGUGAGGGGCGACAAAAGAAUGACGUAAACCGACCAAUACAUUCCUUUUUAUUCUUCUCAUUUAAUUUAAUCAAAGAUGGAUGAAUUGAAGAAAAUAAAUGAAUUAUUUGUAUUUUUUUUAUUGAAAUCGAAGGCAAGGUGUGUACAAGGCCUGUAUCAGAAAAUCAUCUACUUCAAUAUAUUGAUCCACUUAGAGAAAUGCAACAAAAAGAUCAACCAACUCAUUCUUAAUAUGUAAAGAAAACACACACAGAAACAGGAAUCAAUGUUUAAGCACAUAGAGUAGCACCUUCAUAGCAAAUUAUCAAUGAAAAGAACAGUGAACAGAUUCACUAAAGAAACAUCUAAAUUAGG